ACUGGAUUCAUCGGCCACAGGGGGGCAGAUAACUUCCGGAACAUUCACUGUAUGAGAGCUGACGUUAGUUCAUCUGUAUGGUCAAAAUCCUGCUGCUGCACAACGCAGGCGGUGUGGUUGGAUUGACAGCGGGCGAUAAACAGAGAGGAUGCGGCAGUGAUAAUGCUGCUGCCUGUGCUGGCUGUGCUGAUGGGGCUCUGGGCUGGUGGCCUGGCCGAGGCCCUGCCCAGGCCGGAGGAGGUGGACCCCAGCUCUGCUGACAACAAGACCUGGUGCUUCUCCGCCCGCAUCCGCAGCACUGUGCUGCAGGGUCUCCCCUUCGGAGGCGUGCCCACGGUCCUCGCCCUUGACUUCAUGUGCUUCCUGGUUCUACUCUUUGUAUUCUCCAUCUUGCGGAAGCUGGCAUGGGACUAUGGUCGGCUGGCCCUGGUCACAGAUGCAGACAGCAUGCGCUUCUCGGCCUGUCUGAGUGUGCCCUUUGCCCCACAGAGGCAGGACGCGCACAGGGAAAGUGUGGCGUCCGCCAUGCAGUCGCAGACGCCUGACCGCUACGAGCGCCUUACCUCCAUCUCCAGCUCCGUCGACUACGACCAGAGAGACAAUGGCUUCUGCUCCUGGUUAACAGCCAUCUUCAGAAUAAAGGACGAUGAAAUCCGGGAGAAGUGCGGGGAGGACGCCGUGCACUACCUGUCCUUCCAGCGCCACAUCAUCGGCUUGCUAGUGGUGGUGGGCGUGCUCUCCGUCGGCAUCGUCCUGCCUGUCAACUUUUCAGGAAACCUGCUGGAGGGUAAUGCGUACAGUUUCGGGAGAACCACUAUAGCCAACCUGAAGUCGGGGGAUAGCCUGUUAUGGCUGCACACUACGUUCGCUUUCCUGUACCUGUUGCUGACCGUGUACAGCAUGAGGCGCCACACAUCCAAAAUGCACUACAAAGAAGAUGACCUGGUGAAGCGCACUUUAUUUAUCAAUGGGAUUUCAAAGUAUGCUGAGGAGAAGCACAUAAAGAAUCACUUUGAACAGGCUUAUGAGAACUGUGUGGUGUUGGAGGCUCGUAUUUGUUACGAUGUGGCCAAGCUGAUGUACCUGGACUCUGAAAGGAAGAAGACCGAGCGCAGUAAGAAGUUCUUCACAGACCUCGAGGCCAAAGAGCACAUCCACACCAUGAUCAACCCCAAGCCCUGCGGACACCUGUGCUGCUGUGUCAUCAAGGGCUGCGAGCAGGAGGAGGCCAUCGACUACUACACUAAGCUGGAGUGCAAGCUGAGAGAGGAGUACAAGAAGGAGCGGGAGAAGGUCAACACCAAACCCCUGGGCAUGGCCUUCGUUACCUUCCAGAAUGAAGCCAUGACCGCCAUGAUCCUGAAGGACUUCAACGCGUGUCAGUGCCAGGGUGGCUGCCAAUGCCGACGACAACCCAGGUCAUCCCAGUUCAGUACUAGCCUGCACACCUUCGACUGGACUGUCACCUACGCCCCAGACCCCCAAAAUGUCUACUGGGAGCACUUAUCUUUGGGCGGCUUCUCUUGGUGGGUCCGCUGCUUGAUCAUCAACUGCCUCCUCUUUAUCCUCCUCUUCUUCCUCACCACGCCUGCCAUCAUCAUCUCUACCAUGGACAAGUUCAACGUCACUAAACCCGUGGAGUACCUAAAUAAUCCCAUCGUCACCCAGUUCUUCCCCACCCUGCUGCUGUGGAGCUUCUCUUCCCUGCUCCCCACCAUUGUCUACUACUCCGCCUUCUUUGAGGCCCACUGGACACGGUCUGGGGAGAACAGGACCACCAUGCACAAGUGCUACACCUUCCUCAUCUUCAUGGUCUUACUACUGCCAUCUCUUGGACUGACCAGUUUGGAUCUUUUCUUCCGCUGGCUAUUUGACACAACGUUCCUAGACAAGGCGGCUGUCAGAUUUGAGUGUGUGUUCUUGCCAGACAACGGGGCGUUCUUUGUGAACUAUGUGAUUGCGUCAGCGUUCAUCGGUAAUGCCAUGGACCUGCUGCGGAUCCCCGGUCUGCUCAUGUACAUGAUACGCCUCCUACUCGCGCGCUCAGCCGCUGAGAGGAGGAACGUCAAGAGGCACCAGGCCUAUGAGUUCCAGUUCGGGGCGGCCUACGCCUGGUUGAUGAACGUCUUCACCGUGGUCAUGACCUACAGCAUCACCUGCCCCAUCAUCGUGCCCUUCGGCCUGAUGUACAUGCUGCUGAAGCACCUGGUCGACAGGUACAACAUGUACUACGCCUACCUGCCCUCCAAACUGGACAAGAAGAUCCACUCGGGUGCAGUGAACCAGGUGGUGGCUGCGCCCAUCCUCUGCCUCUUCUGGCUUCUCUUCUUCUCUGUGGUGCGCAUAGGUUUUCGGGCCCCCACCUCGAUGUUCACUUUCAUCGUCUUGAUUAUCACCAUUAUCGUUUGCCUCUCCCAUGUCGCCUUUGGCCAUUUUAAAUACCUCAGUGCUCAUAACUACAAGAUUGAUGUCAGCUCAGAUGUAGAUGGAGUGGAGAAUGGUCGUCCACCAAAUGUCUCCGCGCCCUCCAAGGCCACGUACAUUGCCCACGUGCUGCAAGAGAUGAACAUGGACGACUUGGGCUCAGGCGGCAGUGACAACGACGGCCAGGGGUCCUCGCAGGACGAGGACAUGAUCAACCCAGUGGUCAACGAGGGCGACUUUCAGUCUGGGGAAGAUCGUCUCAUCGCCAACGAGGUCCAUCAGUAACCCCUCUCGGGUAGGGGGGGGGCACGGUCAGGGUAGGGGACACGCUCCCCCACUGAACUCUGCCACUGACAACAACAAAAAACAACAACAAGAAAUCAACAACAAAACACUGACUAGGAGGCGAAAGUAGCUCCUGGAUGCCCACCCGCGCCCCUUCCUGCAGCAGCCUGUGCUGGCGGGUCAGGGGUCAGGGCCGCUUUUUCCUCCAGCCUCCCCGCACCCCCUCCUCGUCUGAUGGUCAGCACUCCAGAGAGAUGAACUGGCUGACGUUAUAGCGUUUCCUUUUCUACUUAAGUUAGCUAAACCCCACUCACUCACAUGUUAUACUCUAUCGACUGACAAGCACUCACCUCUCCCUUCCCUCCACCCUAUCAUGUACGUGUGUAUAUACACACACACACACACACACACACACACACAUACCAACAGCAGGAUAGUGGUUGGGAAUGUUUGGGGCCAUGACGACAGAUCGACUGUGUUUGAGGUCCCUCCUGUGGAUCCCCAGGCUGAGAUGAGAGACUUAGUAAAAAAAAAAAAAACACCUCAGGAGUGUCGCUCCCAUGGUCGUCAUCGACUCUAAACUGCUAAUAUUCUCACACUCUCUUGUUCAUUCAUCCCUCCAAACUCCCUGAGAGAAAACACUACAUUGUUAUAUCCCUUUGUUAUUUUUAAUCAUUGGUCAAUAAUGUGAUCUGAUUUGUUUUUUUGUCCCCCCCCCCCUCCAAAUUAAGUUCUUAAUUAAGUCCUUAAGUUCUUAAUUAAGUCCUUAAGUUCGAUCUUCUUAAAGUGUAAAGUGUUGUCAUUAUGUUAACUAGUCUAUAUCUUGGUUUUGUCCACUGCUGUUAAGACUUCAGAAAAAAUUGAUACUGUACAGAACACCUCGAUGGAGAACUAGCUGUAAAACGUUCUGUUGACGUGGUUGUCAGAACCUUUGUCUCCUAGUAACGAAACUACUAAAACUUCUGAUGGGGUCUAAUGACUGCUUUUGGCGUACAGAGCAUGGGUCAAGUUCUCAUAACUCGAACUUUGCAUAGCCUAUGGAGUAGGUUUCUCUUUUAUAGUAGGCCAGCUUCUGUGAAAGACUUGGGUGUCCGUCACCCCCACAUUUACUCUUAUAAGAACUUCCUUAGGAGCGGAAAUGUUUCGCGGUUUGCUUUGGUGUUCACACUGUCAACACUCCCAAUGUCGUUCCUAUCCAGAUCCAUCAAUUUCAGUCAGGUUAGCUCUUGCUUAAAAGUGGAAUGAAUGUGAGACCAGUGCAUGCCGUCUGCGGAAAAGUUCCUCACGUUUUGAGCUGCUUUUGAUUUCUGUGAGGAGUUGGAAUGAAACUGAUUAGAGCUUGAGCUCAUUCGAAAUGACGUCUUCUGACAAAUGAUAUCAACAUGCACAGCAUGUACAGGACUGUACAUCCCAGGACUAAGUCAUGUACAGGACUGACUUAGGAUUUCUUUUUUUCUUCUCACAUAUACUAAUUAAUUUUUUAACGAAUCAUGAUUUCACUAAUAAGCUUUCCUGACCACUGUGGUUUUUAAACAUUGCCUAAUCUAAACAGUUAGUUACUAAAUCUACAAAUGUCCCAUGUGUCGGCCUUAUUAAUCAAUGUUAUUUGGAUAUGCACAUUCCCUCUGUAAUUAAGUCAUUAAAUAUAUGAUAUAUAAUUACAAUAUUAUGUUCAUGACUAUUACCCAGAUCCUCUGGGUUUAUGACAAAGGAUCCAUUUCAGUAGCAAUACGGUUUCCCUGCUGAUGAGUAACUUUAGCAAUAUGUAGGCAUCCACUCUGGAUUUAGCCGUUUUUGAAAAGCUAUAGAAAAGAUUGGAUCAUGCCUAUGAUGUGCUGCUGAACUUUGUUGCCGUUUGGCCCGUGUCUGCCUCUAUUGAUUUGAGGUCAUACAUGUACACUACACGUGAGAUCAGGAAGUGUGAUUGUGCUCACAAUUUCCCCAAGUAAUUUGUUUGAACUCCACAAAACCUCAGUGAGUUCACGGAGUUUUUUUUUUUUCUCCCCCUCAAGCCAUUUACACAAUAAUUCUGUAUUGUCUCAUCUUUUGGGAAUGUUUGCUUGUGACCUAAUUAGUUAUGACCUUCAUUAGGAGGUUGAAUGCUCUAGUGACUAGUGAGAUUACUCAAUGUAGCCAGGUGAUGUGCAAGAUGAAUGUAUGAAUGCACUGAUGCCAUUCUCUAAGAAUAGAAUUGUUCCCCGCUGCAUACUGUAUCCGACUGUACAUGGACAUCUUGAUAGUUUUAAUAAUUUAUUAACAUCUCAGCAGUGGCAAAUAGUGUUACACAUUAGGAAUAAUCUAUUCCAUAUUUAUUGCUCUCUAUUUUUGUUUAUUUGUUUGUUUCAUCAUGAAGGCAGAUUUGCCUGGGAUUGGCCUGUGGUCAAUGGAGCUGUUAAAUUUGUGAAAUAUAUAUUUGUGUACAUAGAUUAACUGCACUGCUCUUCAACACUAUGCUUUGGUAUUUAUGACUACGUUUGUACAGUUGUAAGCAGUUUAAAAAAAAAAUGGUAUGUACAGUCACCAUGUUUCCUGGUUUACUCUGCUCUCUGCGAUCACAAAUUGUUUCUUUUCCACUCUCUCCAUAUGAAAUCUGUCACUGGAGGCAAUUUUUCAUAUUUAGGGGAUUUCCCUGUUUUUAAUAAUUUUGUAAAUUAACUACGUUUUCUCUCUCUCUCUCUCUCCAAAAAAAGACUGUAUAUUUGGCAGAAACCACUGUCAACCCCUUCCAAGUCUUUGAACAAUAAAAUGGCAUUUACUAAUGAACUGA